UCAACCCACCCUCUCUAAGUAAAUAUUGUCGCGAUCUGUACAACAUGUAGAGGAGGCAAGAUUUGCCACAAGAACAUAUCCUUAGUGAGAUACGCUUUCUCUCUUCCCUUAGUUGGCAACGCGACAUCCACAAUCAAAAAUUACUACUGCUGCUAAAAUACACAAUUUAUGUGACAACUGAAAAAAUAUACUAAUUAUCUCCAAUAUGUUCAGGCGACAGGAUAUACUCUGAAUAAAUCUCUGUGUGGGUAAAAGAUAUUGACUUAGAAUUGCAUCAAGUAGGAAAUAAAAUAUGAUCUAAAUUAGAUCAAGUAAUGUCUCCAGCAGGAUGACUGGAAGAGCUCCAUCAGGAAAUCUGUAAUCAACGAAACACUUGCAGUUUUAAGGUAGAGUCGUGACCCAGUGAACCCGGGACAUCCAGAGGACAGCCAGGAGAUGGACAACAGUCGGCCAGGGACCCAGCGUCACGGUAGCCUCUGCAGGGACGCCAGCGCGGGUGCUGGAACACGGGUGACGUAUGCUUUUCGUCCGAAAACCAUCAUUAAGAGACUUCAACAGGAGAGAAUUCGGCAGGAAGUAUCCGGGCGCGAUGAGAGGUCGAAGCCGAGGCCAGCGCCUCUGUCCAAGUACCGCAGGAAGACUGCCAACGCCAGAGAACGCCAUCGCAUGCGGCAGAUAAAUAUUGCCUUCGAGUCCCUCCGAAGGAUCCUGCCGGAUGGCAUGGCGUUGCAGCCGGCAACGUCAGCCAUGACGAAGAUAACGACGCUUCGUCUCGCCGUCAGCUACAUCAGAGCGCUGUCUGACACCCUGGAAGACAACCACAUGGCUGACUCGCUGGAAAGGUCCUUCCAGCAUUCGGUGAAACAUUCAUUCCAGCUACCGAAGACCCUGUCGUCAGAAGGCAGCGUGAUAUUCCAGUACCAAACCCAGAUGGCCUCUUUCACCCAGCAAGCCAUAACCGAGGCGCCGUAUGGUCUGGCCUACUGCCCCACGCCCAGCACCACCCAGCCGUCAACCUUCCCACACAAGACCAAAGGGUCACUCAGCAGCGGCACCACCACCACCAGGGCCCUUCAUGACCUGCUCUCCGACGACACUCGCUUACUGCCGGACAACCUCCAAUUUCUCGGUGACAUUCCAGCGUUGACUGAUUUCUUUGGUGCCCUUCCGUGAGGUGGAGAGAUUACCUCACCUCCCCAACGAUAACCUCACCUCACCGAGGAAAGACAAUACCGAUAACCUAACAAGUUAUCCCAUCUCAAUACAUCCCACGUUCGAUAAUAGCGGCCUUACAGUGAGCUGCGGAGAUAACGGAUGGGAAAGCAGC